UUGGUUUGCGGUGGCUUAUGCCUAACAGACCGACCCUUUCGUGUUGUUGGGUGUGAUUGGCGGUUAUAUGCAUGAUCCAGCCCUAUCAGGGUGAUGGUGUUGGUGUUGUUUGUCAAUCUUCCGGCCUUUGCGGGUAAACAUACAACUACGUAGCCUCGGUGAGCAAUCUAGACAUGCCGCAAGACAUGCCCAAGAAGGGGACGGGAAGAGAGAUUGCGUGGUUGCUGUCGGAAACCCGGGUUGGUCGGUGCCAAGACAACUAUCAUCGUGACAUGUCGCCCCCAACUUCCACAUACAGCAUUUUACUAAGGCUGUCACCACACUUUAGCGAACCCCCUCGCUCUACACAUAUUGAUAGGUACGUGUAUUCGUAUGUAUGUACUUGCAAUAGUCUCUCUUCUGUCCUCGUCCUUCUCCUUUCCAGUCCGCCGAGGCAGCCAACUUCCCCGGUGGUACUGGUCGCCGGUGAGUGUUCACAUGAAGGCGGGGGGUUCAAUCUCGGUUCGGCGAGGUUCUGUCCGGCUCGGCGCGCCCGGCAGCGGGAUAACUGGACGUUGUCCGCUGGUUGGAGGUGGUUGCUGAGCAGCUUUGGCUGGGCAACCUUCAUGGAGGUUUACCGCCGGCGGGCACAGGGAGAGUUGUCAAUGAUUUCUUCUGUCACUACCUCGCUUACAGAGGGGAGAGGUCUGAAGGGAUCUCAAGGGGAAGAGUUUGAAGAACAUAAAAGCGUUGGAAUGAUGAGUCGUGUAUAAGGCCAGGAAGACACCGCAUAGGAUAUGUUUUGGUUAUCAACGAGCUGUGGGCGCGAGGGUUGGAGUCAGUGGUAAUGUAUGUAAGAACCCACUUGAGUAAGAAGCGUAG